CAACACUUCUCUCUCUCUCUCUCUCUCUCUCUCUCUCUCUCACACACACACACACUUAUACACAACAGUUUAUUCUGUUAUACUAUAUCUUGCAUUAUUCUUCAAAGAAUGGCAGCCGAAAGGUUUUCCGAUGAAUCUGGUCCUGACCCAGAUCAGCCGAAUCAGAAACGGACCGGAACUAAACCUUGUUUUGCGUCUGUUAUCAGGGAAGUGGUUAAGGUGAAUUUGGUAGAGAAAUUAUGUUCAACACUGGAGCCAAUGGUACGAAGAGUGGUGAAUGAAGAGGCGGAACGUGUAAUCAGACUAAGAACACGAUCUUUGACUAGGUCUCCUUCUUUGCGAAUCCGAGCACUUGAACCCUCAACCCUACAACUGGUAUUUAGUGGAAAACUUUCCCCACCAAUCUUUUCCCGAACCAAAAUUCUCGACACCGAAAACAACCCUCUUAAAAUCCUUCUUGCUGACACAAGAGGCGAUCAAAUGCUUCCAACAACUCUUUCGUUUCCAAUCAAAGUUGAGGUUGUUGUUUUAGACGGGGACUUCCCUCCUGCAGAUCACCAGACAUGGACCCGGGAUGAAUUUGAUCGGAAUAUUGUGAAGGAAAGGGCCGGAAAGCCGCCUUUGCUUACCGGAGACUUGAAUGUGUCCUUGAGAGACGGGUUUGCUCUUGUUGGGGAUAUUGAAUUUACCGACAAUUCGAGCUGGAUUAGGAGCAGAAGAUUCAGGCUUGGUGCAAGAGUGGUUCAAGGGACUAGUCAUGGAGUUAUUGUAAGAGAAGCCAUGACCGAAUCUUUUAUUGUUAAAGACCACCGUGGGGAAUAUUAUAUUCACAGUGCUUCAACUCUCUUCACAAAUGCAGUGUACAAAAAGCACCACCCACCAAUGCUGGAGGAUGACGUGUGGCGUCUUGAGAAGAUUGGAAAAGAUGGUCGUUUUCACAAAAAGCUAGCUUCUGAGGGCAUUGACACUGUUCAAGAUUUCUUGAAGCUCUCCGUUGUUGACCCAUCCAAGCUUAGGAGGAUAUUAGGAAGAGGAAUGUCAGAAAAGAUGUGGGAAGUAACUUUAAAGCAUGCCAGGACUUGUGUUUUGGGCAGUAAACGGCACAGAUCCCGAGGACCCAAUUACACUGUGGUCUUGAAUCCUAUAUGCCAAGUUGUGACGGCUAUGAUUGAGGGGCAAAUUUUCUCUAAUGAUUGUGACCUAACGAGCAUGCAUAAGGCCUAUAUUGAGUCAUUGGUUAGAGAUGCCUAUGCAAACUGGAAUUCCUUAGAAGAAGUUGAUGGACUUUUGAAUGAGACCACACUACUAACCCAAGGUGAUUUGGUGGAUCAAUAUCCCAAUCAAGCUCAGAGUACAGUGGCAAGAUUAUAUCAGCAACAUGCAUUUCUAACUGAUGGAUCUAUUGAAGGGGCCUCGGUGCAAGACAAUGGGCAAGGAGAAUGCAGUGAUCAAUGGGUCAUUAAUUGUGCAAACCUCUUCACUCCAUUUGAAAAUGGUGUUUGUAAUAACAUCUCAGAGUCUUCCUCGGACGGCGAAGUACAGCGUCGAAGGCGUUUCAUCCAUGAAAAUUAAUGUUCUUUUUAACUUCGUGUUGAAUAUAGGAUUUGGGAAUUUCAGGCCACCCUUUGACAAAAAUGUUGUGGCUUGGCACAAAUGUAAUCCUUUUGCUUGUCAUGUUAGUUGCUUUACUUCCCUCCUUGU